GGAAACGUGUCGACACUGAUUUUCUGUACCGGAACAGCUUCCCCUACUAAUACUCCCCUUUCAUUGGAUAAUAGCAACUGUACAAGCAAAAGCAACCUUCUCCUGACUUCUGCAGAAUCCCAGAUAGAGUCAGGUAUAUAAGCAACUAAUUCAUCCCCGAACCGACCCUCGUCCUUCCCGGUUCCCUCUCACUUCACACAUGCGCCCUUAUACCCGUAUAGCUCGCUCCGUCUGCUCUUCACUUUUGUCAUCUCAACGCCAACAGCCUCAGCUGCAUUCUUCACUGCGCAAAGUCCUCCACCAGAGCCAUCACAGAACCAUAAUGUCCGCCGCAGCAAAGCGCCUCGAAGGCAAGACGGUGCUCAUCACCGGCGCCUCAAGCGGUAUCGGCAAGAGCACGGCCUUUGAAUACGCCCGUACGGCGCCCAAUAACCUCAAGCUCAUUCUGACGGCCCGCCGCAUCGACACCCUCAAGGAGGUCGCCGCCGAGAUCCAAAAGGAGGUCGGCAGCGGCGUCAAGGUCCACCCCGUCAAGCUGGACGUUAGCAACCCCGAGGAGGUCCGCCAGCUGGUGCCUAACCUGCCCGAGGAAUUCAAGGAUAUUCACAUCCUCGUGAACAAUGCCGGCCUCGUCAAGGGAGUUGCCAAGGCUCCCGAGAUCGCCGAGGAGGACAUCAACGUCAUGUUUGCUACCAAUGUCACCGGCCUCAUCAACGUGACGCAAGCCAUUCUCCCCAUCUUCAAGGCGCGCCCUGAUGGCGGCUCAGGAGACAUUAUCAAUAUCGGCUCCAUUGCUGGCCGUGAGCCGUACCCAGGUGGCUCAAUCUACUGCGCUACAAAGGCCGCCGUGCGCAGUUUCACCGACAGCUUGAGAAAGGAGCUGAUUGCGACUCGCAUCCGCGUCAUUGGUAUUGACCCCGGCCAGGUCGAGACUGAAUUCUCCGUCGUUCGCUUUUACGGUGACAAGUCCAAGGCCGACGCCGUUUACGCCGGAUGUGAGCCUCUCACCCCUGAAGAUAUCGCAGAGGUUGUCGUCUUCACGACCACCAGGAGAGAGAACGUUGUCGUUGCAGACACGCUCAUCUUCCCUCAACACCAGGGUGCCGCCGGCCUUCUCCACCGCAAGUCUUAAGGGGAGGCCCUGAGUUAUCGGCUAAGAUUGGAGUGGAGGUGGGAUGUAUAGAGUCGAGGACGUAUAUCAAACGGACUCGAGCGGCCGACAUGGCGGCCAGGGAGGUAAACCUGUAGAUCAACCAGCGUUUUGUUUUGGAAGCAUGAGAGCUUCGACUACGCGAGACCACGUUUUUCUUGCGAG